AUGGAUCGUACUAAAAACAACAUUCUCCAAAACAUCCCCGAAGAGAUGCUCAAAGGUACGUUCAAUGACCUUGACAUUGUCUGUGAGAAUGGCACAACGAGUGCAAACCGUUUGGUCCUGGCCGCGAUGUCAUCUUACUUCCGGGCGAUGCUGACAUCAAACAUGACAGAGAGUCGGACGGGCGUCUUAAAUCUGCCCACUGUCUCGGUGUCGGUGUUCCAGGAUGUUCUCAAGAUGUCUUUGUGUUCAGUGGAUCUUGUAAACAAAGACAACUGCGUCAAAAUGUUAGACGCAUGCGAAAUGAUGCAGCUUGAUGACGUCAAAUAUCUGUGUCAUCGUUAUCUUAAGAAAAGUCUAGUGAUCAACGCCGACAAUUGUCUACAUUGGUGGAGACUUAUGAACCGCUACAAUGUUUCUGAUUUGUCUGACAGAGCAGUCUCUUAUCUGAUUGAAAACUUGACCGACUUUGUUGAAACAGAAAACAUUGUUCAUUUGUCAAAGACUGAACUCUUAGAAAUCUUGUCCAAAGAUGAUUUGGAAUAUAAUGAAGAUGUAAUUAUGAAAGGUGUCAUGAAGUGGAUUGAAAGAAAUAACCCGGAUGCAGAUGAUGUAACACGUAUCUUUAAAAUGAUCAGGACUGAUCUUGUUGAUCAACAGUUCUUCAUUGACAAUGACGUUUUUUUUAUUUCCGAAAAUAACUCUGCUCAGCAAAUGAUAAAAAAGGUGUGGCGUUCAGGUGUUGUGACAAAAGGUUCAAAGAGCAGAUUUCAUAACAGGCUUAUAGAUCUCUUUGUUUUACAUCACAGCAACACUUCACUUCUGUCGUGUUUUACAUCAGACGGGACAUGGGAAGAUGUUUCACCUGCUCCAGUAAAUCCUGGCUCUUGGUAUUCAGCAGCGAGUCUAGGUAACAAGAUCUAUAUCAGUGGUGGUAGGAGUAGAGGAAAAUGUACACUCGUCUACGACGUUUGUAGAAGAGAGUAG